GCCACACGUCGAUCUGGCCCGCUCGCACCCGGCACAGCUGCAGGAACCGCUGAUCCAUGGGGCGGAACGCUGCCGGAACGUUGGGCCGCCCCUGUCGCCUAGGUACGCGAUCGCCGUGCGGUCGUGCGCCGCCGCGUGCGGGUCCCGGAACGGACCGAUGUUGCGGCACGAGCCCCGAGUCGAGUCAGCUCUCGUGGUUUCCGUAUUCUCUGCGAUUACGUAAACCUGGGUCGAAAACGGUUUACGUCAUUUUUCGAGCCACUCCAGGACUCAACAGCAGAGGAGAGUGUUCACUGCCGGUCGCCGUCGCUGAUGGCGAUCCCCCGUCGCCUAUCUUGCCUUCCCACGGUUGCCGCGGCCACCAAGUGGUCGGCCGGGAAUCUCGCCAUAGACAUCGGCACAAUCGGCGCGAGACCCUCAACGGCAGCCCUGGCUGCCGCCGCGACGGCGGCCGCCGCCGCCGGCCGCGCCUCGGAGUGCCAGUCCCUCCUCCUCCGCAUGUCGCGCCGCCGCGGCGCCUCUCGACGCGAGAUCGUCUCUUCCCUCCUCGCCUCGUCCCCCACUCCGCAGCCGCAGGUGUUCGACCUCCUCAUCCGCACCUACACCCAGUCGCGGAAGCCCCGGGAGGCCUUUGAGGCCUUCCGCCUCCUCCUCGACCACCGCGUCCCCGUCCCAGCCUCUGCGUCCAACGCUCUCCUUGCCGUGCUCUCCCGCGCCGGGUGGCCUCACCUCGCCCAGGAGGCCUACCGCCUCGUCCUCUCGUCUGACUCGGAGGUAAACGCCUACACGCUUAACAUCAUGGUCCACAGCUACUGUAAAACCCUAGAGUUCGAUGGGGCUGACACUGUCAUCUCCGAGAUGGAGAAGAGAUGCGUGUUCCCGGAUGUGGUUACACACAAUGUGUUGAUUGAUGCCAGAUUCCGUGCUGGAGAUGUGGAUGCAGCGAUCGCAUUGGUUGAUUCCAUGGCCAAUAGGGGGUUGAAGCCUGGGAUUGUGACAUACAAUUCGGUUUUGAAGGGGUUGUGUAAGCACAGAAGGUUUGAUAAGGCAAAGGAGGUGUUCAGGACAAUGGACCAGUGCAGUGUUGCACCAGAUGUUCGGAGUUUCAAUAUUUUGAUCGGAGGAUUUUGUAGGGUUGGGGAGGUUAAGGAGGCAGUGAAGUUUUACAAGGAGAUGCAACAUCGUUAUGUUACACCAGAUGUGGUCAGCUUUAGCUGUUUGAUUGGAUUAUUCUCGAGGAGAGGGGAGAUGGACCAUGCAGGGGCAUACUUGAGGGAAAUGAAGGGGCUUGGAUUGGUGCCUGAUGGUGUGAUUUACACAAUGGUCAUAGGUGGGUUUUGUAGGGCUGGAUCAAUGUCAGAGGCUCUAAGAGUUAGGGAUGAGAUGGUUGGCUUUGGAUGUCUGCCAGAUGUGGUAACAUACAAUACCCUGUUGAAUGGGCUCUGUAAGCAGCACAGGUUGCUUGACGCGGAGAAACUUUUGAAUGAGAUGGAGGAGAGAGGGGUUACACCAGAUUUAUGCACUUUCACAACUUUGAUUCAUGGGUACUGUAGGCAAGGUAACUUUGAGAAUGCAUUGCAAUUGUUUGACACACUGUUGCGCCAGCGUUUGAGGCCAGAUGUCGUGACAUACAAUAGUUUGAUUGAUGGGAUGUGCAGAAAAGGUGAUCUGGCCAAAGCUAAUGAGCUAUGGGAUGAUAUGCAUGCUCGAGAAAUCUUACCCAAUCACAUUACCUACAGUAUCCUAAUAGACAGCCACUGUGAGAAGGGACAAGUUGAGGAUGCAUUCGGUUUUCUGGAUGAAAUGGUCAAGAAGGGAAAUUUGCCUAAUAUCAGGACCUAUAAUUCCAUCAUCAAGGGUUAUUGCCGAUCAGGUAAUGUAAAAAAGGGGCAGCAGUUUUUGCAAAAGAUGAGGCAAGAUAACGUAUUCCCAGAUCUGAUUACUUUCAACACCCUGAUCCAUGGUUAUAUAAAAGAAGAAAACAUGCAUGGAGCUUUCAAUGUGUUUAAUAUAAUGGAGAAGGAAAUGGUACGGCCAGAUGCUGUCACGUAUAAUAUGAUCAUAAAUGGGUUUUCUGAACAAGGCAAUAUGCAAGAUGCUGGUCGUGUUUUCAAGGGAAUGGGUGACAGUGGAAUUGAACCGGAUAGAUAUACAUACAUGUCAUUGAUAAAUGGUCAUGUUACAGCUGGCAACUCGAAGCAGGCGUUCCAACUUCAUGACGAGAUGAUCCAUAGAGGGUUUGCUCCCGAUGACAAAUUUUGAGGCUUGUCAGUUCUGACCUAUUGGACAUAAGCAAGAGAAAUGCAUGUGUUGUGUGUUUGACAGUGUCUUUGAAAAUCACACCUCCAGAAAUUUGUGAUUUCGAAGCGUCGAAGGGACAGGUCCAGAAAAAAAGGGGAGAUUGUUAAAAUUCCAUUACUUGGGAGUGACCGCACGAACUAUGGUAAUGUUGGCAUGUUGCUCCAACUAUGUUCUAAAGAUUCCAUGGCGUGAUCCUGAGGUGAAACUGUGCCUUUUUGAUCGGGCACUGCUGAAUUUGAAAAAGGAAAACAAAUUGCUCUUACAAUUUAAAGCCUGGAGGAUAUUAUGUGAGGAGUGAGCGGAUCCUAACUUCUGAGCAAAAGGCUUAUGAUAGCAGAUAUGGCUAAGCAAAACUGCUGCACAAAAAGGAAACAGAAUUUGACUGGACGUCUGAAUAUCUUCCCUUCAGUCUGAGCUCCAGACCAGAGUGCAAAAAGAAACAUUGAACCAAUGGAAAAAAUGAAUAAAAGAACAAUCAGUAACUACAGUGCAUGUCUGAAGAUUCUCAUGGGCGUGGGCAUCUUCCUCCAGGAUUGUUGGGAUCAAAUGUGCAGCCAGACGCUCCAGGCAUCGAGGAUGUCAGGGACACCGAGCUUCCUCGUUGUGGCUGUGAUUUCUCUCUCAGGACACGGAAUGCAGCGAUGGUAGUGGCUUGUGCCGCCAGGGCCAGGCAGAUUAUGAGAACCAGAGGUAGAACUUGGUUUCUUUGGAACAUCGUGGUAUCUUGUGAACUUCAGUAUCGAGUGAGAUGCGAAGCUAGGAUUUGAGGCUAUUAUAUAUUAAGUUUAUGGUCUGCGUGUUGGUUUCCUUGGCGAUCACGGUUUUUACGCGUUCUCCCAUGUGGACGAGUAUUCACAAGGUUGACCGCAUGUAUACAGAGUCGCUCAACUCGUCGUGAACAAGUUCACAGAAGGAUCUCUAUUGCACAAGCACAAUGUAUUUCAGAAGUAGAAAUAAGACCAUUGGUUACUGUGUCGCAAUGUCUUCCUUAGGAAAAAAUAAUCCACAGCAAUACCACAAAACUUCUGCGUCAGUUCUGUCAUC